AUGCAGUUUCUCAAUUCUGGGUUUUAAAUACACUGACAAAUUUAUGUCCCUCUUUUUGGGGGGUUGGGGUUUCACUAUCUUUUUUAAAGCUAUGCAUAUGUUUUACUUGGUGUACCAGCCUCCUAGUGCUCCCGGAUAAACGUUCAUGGAAAUGACUGGACCAGAUGAUGUUGAAAUUGUGUGUUGAAUGUGCUCAAGAGAUAGUUGCAUGUCUUAUUACUUCCCAUGUUUCUCAAGAUGACGCGACUGUAAUAGAUAUUCAUUUUAUUGAAGUAUGUUGACAUGGGGAAUGUGUAGGGAAAGGGGGAAUAUAUUGUUCGUCCAACCUGAUGUUCUAUGCAGAAAUUAUAUGUCUACGUUGUGUCUCAUGAUUGAAUUAUAUUUGCUCAUAGGUUACCUUUUGACCAGGAAAGAGGAGUGCACUGGAUCGCCUGAAAAGCCGCUUUCAGCUCUGGGUGCUAUCAGCUACAAAGCGUACUGGCGCAGUGUGGUACUGGAACAGCUCAGUGCUGUAUCGGACAAGACUGUGACAAUCAAAUCCAUCAGUGAGAAGACUGGUCUGUGCCCACUUGAUAUUCUACAAGCUCUUAAAGACCUCAGUUUCUUGAAGCAACAUGUGGACAAAACUGUGAUAGCCGUGGACGAAAAGCUGAUCAAGUCUCAUAUGGACAAACUGAAGGCCAAACCUCGUAUUGAACUGGAUGAAGAUGGUCUCCAAUGGACUCCUGUAGUGAGCAAGUCCUUUCUCAGUGACGAAGAAGAGGAAGCAGAUAGACAGUUGAGUGAAAUGCGGGAGGUAGUAGAAAGCAUAGUGGUGGAACGUAGGGAAAUGCAUGAAGAGGUAAAGAAUUCCCCACACAAGGAUGAUGCCAGGAUUGCUUCCUUGUGCUCCCCUUGCACUCCUGAGGAUGACCAAAGGGAUAAGUGGCCGAGGCGUUUUGGACGAAAGCGGUUCCCAAGUAUGACCUGGGGAGAUCCAGACGCAAAGCGUGUCCGCAAAGUCGAAGCCAAUAGUGAUGAGAAAAGCUCAUGCCCCUUUGAAUUUGAACCUGAGGAAGAAGUAAAAAUGGGACCCCCACCACCUCCAUUAAGACCUCUACGGAUAGAUCGAUCACCAGCUGUGGCAUCAAUAAGCUCAUCCCCUCUUAGUCCUAUCAGCCCAUCACCUUUUCGGCCCAGCAACGAUUCCCCUGUGAAAACACCUGAGAAAAGAUCUUCAAGGAAGUCUAUAAAUGUGUCUGAGGAUGAUGCUCCCCCUCCUUUGCUCAAUGGAAAUGAGGAAGAAGACAAACCAAUUAGGAGGGGUAGGAGAGGCCGUCGACCUGGAAGACCUUCCAAAGCCGUCUCAGAAGUGAAAGUACCUUCCCCUCCUUUACCGAAACCCGAAGGAAAGAAGAAGCCUGGACGAAGACCGGGCCGCCCACCAAUGAGAGACUUGACACCAACCACACCAGCAGACACACCUCCGAGAAAGCCUGGCAGACCAUUCAAAAGAAAACCAGGCCGUCCACCGAAAAAACAAGUUGCAAAUGACAACAGCACCACGAAUAGUCAGACUGCAAUUAAAGCAACAAAACAGAAGGUCCCAGGGAGGAGACCUGGACGCCCAAGAAAGAAUGUGGCUGCAGUUGUUGAGAAGGAGACUGAAGAGAAUGACACAGGUCCAAGUCGGCAGGAGAGUGACAAUGAGGUUGAAGCGGUGAAAGAGAAUGCAGAAGUGGGAGAGAAAGAGGAGGCUCCCAAGUCGCCUCCAGCGGAGGCAGAGAAAGAAGUGCCGGUCAGUGAAGUCCCCAGCAAAAGUCCAGAGGAGAAGAAGGAGACUGUGGAAGACUCCAGCUCUAGUAGUGGAGACAGCAGUGACUCCUCCAACAGUGACUCUUCCGAUUCGGAUGAUGACGAUGACGACGAUGAUGAUGAAGGAGAUAAUGAUGGGGACAAUGAUGAUUCAGAUGAGGAAGAAGAACGUAAAAAGUCAAAAAUCAAUAAUGACUCGUCUGUAAAGAGUAAGGAUGAAAGUUCUAUAUCUGAAUUGAAGACAAAAGUCCGUCGUUUGUCUGCUUCUUCGUCAGAUGAUGAUGAUGACAGUAAUGCUAUUCCGAAGAAAAGUGACCUGACAAAAGCAAGAAAUCAGGACUCUAACUCUCUUGACAAAAAGAGUGAUAAUGGAAGUGAAGAUGACGAUGAAAAUAGCAAACCUGUGUCGAACACAGAUGUGAGCAGUCGAAAUAAAAUGCUGUCCGACUCUGGCAGUGAUAGUGAGGAUGAGUUUAAACUGAGGGACAGAAAGGAAAAGAAAGAUGAGGAGAACAAGGAUGAUGAAAAAGUAUGUUCUCCUUUAGUAAAUCGCCCUGAAGAGGAUGAAGAGACAAUAGCUGCCAGUCAGAAUCUUGCUGAUAUUGUGAAAGAUUUGGAAGAAGCAGAGGGGGAGCAGAAGCCAGGCAGUCCCGAUGGGGAUGCUGAUGCCCAGGCAAGUGUUCCCUCAGAGGCACAGCCAGAGUCUUCCUCAUUUGACAGUAUUAAUGAGCUGACUGAUGAUUUCAGCGACGGCCCUUCCUCGAUUGGUCCACAGAUUCCCUCAUCUCCUCCUCCUGCCCCUGCCCCCGUUAUGGUCAAUAGUGAUGACGAUGAAAUGCCUUCCCCUACUGGAAGCAUGGGUGGUGGGCCUAGUCCUACUCCACCCCAUUUAGCAGAUCGACCAGACCAGCAGAUGGGGAGGCAUUCAGCAGACCCCUUGCUUUCAUCACCACCACACCAUCAACAACACCAGCAGAACAUGCAAAAGCAUCCCCCUCCUCAUCUUCAACCUCAUCAGCAGCAACAGCAACACUUGUCUCCUGCCAAUCAGUCUAGUAUGCCUGUGAUAGUGCCAGCCUCCCCCAUCUUGAUAUCAGCCUCUCCAGAGAUGAAGACCCAGCAACAGCAGCCUCAGUUGUCUUCAUCACAGCCUCUCAACAAACCCCCAUCUGUGAAGGACUUGCAGCCUCAGCACGAGGACCCAUACCAGAGUGUGGGUAGUGUGCAAGGGGCCCCUCUUCCCUCUCCCGCCCAGCUCACCUCCCCAGCCCAACUCACCUCCCCUGCCCAACUCACCUCACCAGUGCAACAUCCGUCCCCAGCACAGCAACACAUGACCUCUCCUGCUCAGCUGACUUCUCCUGCACAGCUCACUUCCCCAGCUCAUCUCACUUCUCCUGCUCAGUUGGCUUCGCCCGUGCAAAUGGCACCUGGGGGCAUGAUACAGCAACAGCAGCAGGAGAAGCACAGGAGCCCUAUGGACACUUCCCCUGGCAUGCCGCAGCCAAAGCCUCACACCAACACAAACAUGACCCUGCCCCCGAGCAGAACCACUAAACCAGCUCCCUCAAGAGCCCAGCACAGAUCCCGAUCUCAGUCAUCCGCCCAGACUCGCGGAGUGCCCCCUGGUUUCCCCCACCCACCCUCUGGUGGGCCCCCGCCGCUGUCCAGUAUUCAGCCAAUGCAACAAAACUUUGACAUGAAUGUUUCGCAGCUUGGCUUGGAGUCCCCUGCGUCGCUAAGUAGCGGCGACUUGAGCUCUGAUAACCCGCAGCACGCCUCAUUGAGUUCACUUAAUUUUGAUUGUGCUCAGAAUAUGCAGUAUUGUAAUAAUGGUCAGGGUAGAAACAGCUUCAUGGAUACAGUAAACAUGGGUGGCCAGCCUCUGCACACAGCCAGUGCUGCCACUACUGGAAGUUUCCUCAAUCCAGUCCCCACUAGUGGGUAUCACCACCACGGGUCCCCAGUCACAACUUACAGUCCCUCCAUGCUCCCCCCUCAGCAACAACAGCAACAGAGGCAACCGCAGCAGCAGCAACAGCGCCAGCAACAACGCCAGCCACCCCAACAACAACAACAAACUAGUUCUCAGCAGUCACUUCAGCAACAACAACAACAGCAGCAGCAGCAAGCACAACAGCAGCAACAACAGCAACAGAAUUCUCCACGCCUCAUGACUGCUUCCACGCCAAUUCCUAUGGUGGUGCAGCAGGCAAUGCUGCAGGGAGGGGGCGUGUACCAGACUGGUGGGCAGCAGCCCAACAACUGCGACCUCAUCAAGCUCCAACAACUGACCAACCGCAUUCAAGACAUUCCCGUGGAAACACUCCAAAUGACACCCCCUCAGAAUAUGACCCCUCCUCCGACUGCCAUCAUGACCCCGCCCCCAACUGUCAUGAUGAGGUCUAUGACUACGCCUCCUAUUGGGGGACCCUUGCCUCCAGCGGCCCUCAUGUGCCAGCCUUCUGCCCCACCGUACAAGCGCGCCAGAUCGUCUUCCUCCACAUCCCGCAAAACCCCCAGUGUGCCCCCGUCCAACCCAAACGUGACUGUCACCUCCAACGUGACUCUCUCUCCCAACGUAACGAUUCAGCCUGGUGGAGGAAUGUUGCCCCGCUAUCUGAACUACCGCAUGCCACAGGGGAUGCUGAACCCAGGCUACAUCACUGCCAACUCAGCGGGCCUCCUGCAGCCCCAGCAGAUCCCCAUGCAGAUGCCCAUGAUGAAUAUGAAUGUUCACACAGCAGCUGGCCCACAGGCCGCCUUCCAGCAACAAGUUCAGCCGGGACAGCCGGGCAAUCCGCCGGCUAUGUAUGCUCCGUAUUACUUCAAUGUGAACAUGCGCAGAUAACAUCCGACUCUUCCUCUUGUACAUUAGGCAAUCUCUUCAGAGGCUGUUACAGUUACAGCAUGCCCUCUUAUAGCAUCUGUGGUGGGGAAUCUGGAUCCCUGUACAAUCUCUUUGUGACAGGAUUGACCUGGUGAUCAAAACAAUAGACUUGAGAUUAAAAAUUCUCCCUCUUUUUCAUUCAAGCAAUUUUUAUUUUCCUAGUCCUUGGCAUGAAUAGAGCAGAGUGCACCUUUGAUUCAUAACAAACAACUGAAGUUUGUAGUGUGAUUAUUUGUUAACUUUAUUGGCAAAGUAUGUUGUACAUUUUGGCAUUCUGUGUUCCACAAUGAGAAUGAGAAGGAAGGUUACUUCUUAAUUUUUUGCGUACUGUAGAUUUUUAUUGCACAUGUGUUGUGAUGUCUAAUUAUUCACUCAAAUUUUUAAUGUGUUGUGACUGUUUGAGUUUUGGGGUUCUAAACCACUUGUCACUCAGGAGGCAGCAAUGGUGUGUGUAUUCAUGUACAAUGGUAAAAUUCUUAAUAUGCACCACUCAAAUGAUGAAUGUUUUGUUUUUAAAGAGAGUCAACUAGUUUGACUGCUUGACUGUCUGUGUAUUCUGUCACUGUCUUUCCUUAGUCAUGGUAUUUGGCAAUACAAUCUGAGGUUGUAGCCACUUUUUAAUAAACUCCUAUACUGAGCGGUUGAUCUUGCGUGUUGAGGUCCAUAUCCGCAAGGGCUGGGGAAUGUAUACCAAGUGCAUCAUGCUCUUUUUCUUUCUUUCUUUCUUUUUUUGUUCUUUUCCGUUUAUUUUUGCUGUGUUUUUGUGAAAAGACAAAUUAUUUUCUUCUCAUUUCUGAGCAGUAUGUAGGUAGGUUGAUUUUUUUCAGUCUCAAACUGAUGUUGUUUUUCUUCCCUUGUUGACCGCAGUUGAUGUGAUCCAGAUGGACAGGCUGGAACCACUGUUCCAAUUGAUUUUUUAUUUCAACUAAAUCUAUGCAUUGGACUAAGUUGAGUCUUGUUUGUGUUCAGAAUGUUCAUUGAUCAUUUCAAGGAUUUUUUACCCAAACCCCGGUUUUUUCAAGGUCAAAAUCAGAUUAUAUAUCUACUCUCUCUCAGCACUGAAAUGUCAUUGUUUCAGUUUACAUGGGUCAAGCCAAUCCCAGUCAACAUUUGUCUUUGGGAGUCCUGUGACAGAAGUGGACAAACAAACAAAAAUUAACUAUUCUUUGAAAGAAGUAUUGAUGAUGAAGUCCAUUUAAGUUUAAGCAGUCCAUUGAAAGUGCAGAAUCUCAACCUUUUAAAGAAUCAUGUCUUUUACUGUGGUCUGUAGUUUGGCGCUGAGUAAGUGUAAAUUUAGUGCUCCUUGCCACUUGGCCCUUUCAUAGUUCAGAAUGUUUAUGUUGAUUCAUAAAUACUUUCUUUCCAGUUUGUUCUUGUCUCUUGCUUACCUUUUAUAAGUGUUGUGGUUUGUUAUUAGUAGUCUCAGUCCUUGUUCUUUGUAAUGUAGUGUUUUUUUGUAUGUUUACACACAACUGUUUAUACAGGCAUAUAUAGUACAUAUAUAUUUAAAUACAUAUUUAUGUCUCUACUCUGCGUAAGGACACACAUCACUCUUAUUUCCAAGAAUGUAGUCAGUCACUGUACAUUAUUGUCCUCUCCUUUUGAACAGUUGCAAAGUAGAUUUGUAGUUUCGUCUUUUUCUGUGAUUGUGCGAUGUAAAAUCAUGUUAGUUUGUAAAAGAGGACCUUUUUUGUGUGACAGGAAGCCCUUCUCUGUUGUAAGUCUCCCCAAGUAAUUAUAGCAGUCAUUUCGAUGUUGUCUGUUCUUGAUAUUACCACAGAAUAACAAAGCACAAGUGAAAUUUAUACUAUCCUUUGUUGACAAAGAGGAAUAGUGAGACAAGAAACGUACAGAUCUUUGUCAUGCAGUGGGACGUUACAUAUUACAUAUAUGUGUGAGUGGACGGAACUAGUUUUCCCUCAAGUGGUUUAUACAUCACAGGACUCUGGAAAAAGCACAAGUAUGGGGGAUCUGGAUUUGUAUAAUGCAGAGCAAGGGGUGGUUGGAAGAGCUACUUAAUAAUAGGCUCAAAAGUUAUUGGGGGGGGAAGGGUGGUACAGCUUACAUCAUCUUUUACUACACUUGCUGGUAGUUUUGUUGCUAUCCUUGGCAAGACAAAAAUGAAAGGCAGUGACCAAAUCUAUGUGUUGUCUCUGACUUUGCAAUAACAAGUCAACCGACUAGAAUAUUGAUAAAUUGGAUUGGUCUUCAACCCUUUUUUUUUUCAUGUGGGAAUACCUUACAAAAAUCGUGGUAUUCAAAGAUUUUUUUUUCCAACUUCAUUUUGUGCAGAGUCCCCUCAAAUUGUGAAAAUGUAAUUUUCGGAAGGCACAGACAUCUAUGAAUGUUGUGUGGAUAGAAGUAGAAGAAAUGAGAUGAAUUUAAGCAAAAGAGGUAAGUUGUGAGAGAUGGGAUAAAGAUUGAAGUCGUGAAAGCGUUUGCUUUUACUAGGGUUUUUUUGUUUUCAGAAGUCCUUGUCUCCACUUGCCACAUUUAUGAUGGGACAGUAUAGUUUUGUUUAUAGUGGUUACACUGAAACCAGGGGAGGACCUGAGCUGCCAAGGGAUGCAAGUGUCUGGUGUGGGGAAGGAUAAAGGUCGUGUAGGUCAGGUCUGUAGAGUUUUAGCCUCUGGAAGAAGUCAUCUUUAUGGGGAGUUUGUCUUAUAAAUUAGAACACAAAUAGAGUAAUUAUCAUGUUAACUGUUGUAGGUUUCAAGGGCUUGAGAGAAAAAUGAGUAUAGAUUUACCUGUCAACUUGGGAUUAUGGAGCGACACUCUUUUCUGUCACUGUACUGGAAAGGAUGUGUUUUUGAAAUGGUAAGUGCUUUUUAGUUAUAUUGGAAAUGUUCAUAGGGCAUACAAACAAAUGGUUUACUUUAAAUGGCAUGAAAUGUGACUGCGGUGUCACUUGAUACUCUAACCUAACACAUUUACAUCAAGGUCUGUGGUGGCAGAAAUGCGAUGUAAAUGUAAAAGGCAAGGAAAUCCAUCGCGCAACCUACAAUGUUGUUACUUAUUUGUGUUAAAAGUAUUCAUUUGUAGUUAUACAAUGUAAUUGAAAAAGAUCUAAACUGAAGGGUAAUAGGUAAGUUUAGGAAGGGAGUUGGUGGGUUUAGUGGUGUUCUUCCUUGGACAAGAAGUGAAAUGUACAGCAAGAAUGGCUUUUAUUUUUAGGGAGGGGGGAGCUUUUUUUGUUGUUUUUUUGGUAGGCUCAAUGCCAUUAGUCUUUUCUAGUUGAUAUUUGAUGAGAUGGCAUCUUUUGUGAGCUAAAGUGUCGGAUCUGCUUUGAACCACUCAGCUUUUCCUUGUGGCAGUUACCCUUUGUGUUGAUGAUUUCUUUCCCAUAUAUGUAAUGUAUGUAGGGAGCUAUGGCAUUACUCACUCUCAGCUGGUGUGCCCAGUGCAGUUUGAUCAAAGCACAUGAGUUUAUAUCAGAGUGCUUGUGCUGGAAAUGUCCAUCUUGUCUUCGUUUUUGUCUGUUCUGGUAACACGACUAAAGUCUUCAUAAGUUUGCUCCUGAAUUUGAUAUUGAUUUUUGGCAAUAUAUCGAUAUAAUAUAUAUAUAUAUUAUUCAGUUUGUAUACAAAGUAGGCUAUACACAUAGAUGCAUUUGAUUGUACUUGAUGCUUACUAUGACAGUAAAAUAAGUCUAUUGCAGUUGAUAAAGGAACUUUUAAUGCUCCCAUUGUGACUUCAACCUUUAUCACAUGUGAGCAUUAUGUGACAGACCCAUUUUCCAUCAUAAAUAUAAGACGUAAAGAAAUUAAUUCUUUUUGUUAUUUUGAGUAACUGGGAAAAAGUAAAACGGAUUUAACAUUAAUGACAGAGGGGGAAAAAGUAGGGUGUGCCAGUGGUAGCAACCCCCCACAAAAUGGUUCCUGUAUUAUAGUAAAAUGACAUUUUGGGAAAGUUCUAUUUCUGAUUUUAUAGGCUGGUGAUAAGUCAAUGAAUGGUAUGAUCAUUGACUUGUGCCCCAGAGACUGGGUACAGUACUUGGGUUUCUUCCUUGAUAGCUAUGGUUUUUUUCUCUUUAUUUUCACUCUCUAUGUUCUUUCUAAGAAAGUUUGUCAGUCAACAAUAUUUUAUUCUGUGUUACUCUACUCACCCACAACCAUGCCUGCUCUUCUUCAGCGUUUCUGUAUGGUCCUGUCAUCUCUGUUGCCUUAUUUAUCCAUCUGUCUGCCUUCAACCAUUUAAGGUGUAACAGUUUACUGUCUUUGGUAACCAUAGUGAAUUCCAGAAAUUUCACACAGGCCCGAGUUUGAAUUGGUUUUUCAUGCAUGCAUCUCAUGGGCAGAUUUUGCUUUCGAUAUCCUCGACUGAGAAAAAGAAUGGUAGGCAAGGUAUGUCAGACUCAGUUGUAGUUGUUUCUGCUUCAGUUUGGUACUUUUGCUGGAUGUCACCAUUUUAAGCUAUGAAUCAUUGAGCAGAAAUUAACGUUCGUUGAGUUCAGUUUGAGUCGUGAGUCACUGUUUUCAGGUUUGUCCGUUAGUUGCCGCUGUCUGUCAAGAUGAAAUUUAAAAAAUCUAUAAUUAUAGGUUCAUCAGCAGGUAUAGAGAUAAAUGCAAUCACCUCUUCAGCCAAAUGAAUGCAUUAAAAAUUUGACCAGGACAGAUGUUAAAGAAGAGUAGAAGUAGAAGUGAAAAUAUCAGUAUUUUGCGUUGUGAAAAGCAAGUGCGUAAAAAAUUGAUUUGUAGUUUCUCUUACUGAGCCUAAUUUUAAAUUUGGGGGGGGGGGGGGGUUAAUAUGUUCACAACAUUCCAAGUGUUAUGAGUGAGUCUGUUCUCUUGUAAUGGCAAUAUUUUGCCUACUGAUCCCUUUUGGUAGAUUGUCUGUGUAGUGAGGAGCUGACAGUGUGGUAAUUUUGUAUUUGUGCUGAGUGUUCAUGUCAUGUGUCAUGAGAUGAGACAAGCUUGUCUAUAUCGUUGUCUGUGUAGUGAGGAGCUGACAGUGUGGUAAUUUUGUAUUUGUGCUGAGUGUUCAUGUCAUGUGUCAUGAGAUGAGACAAGCUUGUCUAUAUCGUUCUCUCAUAGUUGUCAUCAGUGAUACCUACAGUCUUGUUAUUCUCUGCCCUGUCCCUGCUAUGAUAUUUAUGUGCAUUUACCACUGUGGGGAGGGACUAAGUGUACAGUGUUUUUCCAUCAGUGGCAGAGAGCCCAGUGCCCUGCCCUAUAACCUCAUGAGUGUUGUUCACUUCUUUCAUGACAGCUGGGUUUUUCCCCCUGCCCCACCCUGCUCCCCAUCUCCUUUACCCUUUUGUUUUCAUAUUUUGGUUGUAUGUAAUUACACACUCGGAAGUAUUUGACAUGUAUGAUGUGGAAUUGUUUGAGAAUAAAUUAUUUCACAAAAUUUUAAAA